AUGUUCCGCUACGCCGUUCCAAGCUUGCUGCUUGCCACCGGCGUCACAGCCCUGCCAGCCGUUCAAGAUGACGACUCCCUCAACUACUCGAACACUACGGCAGGAUGGACUCCGGUCAACUUGACCACUGACUACUUGGACCUCCAAGUUGGAGGCGACUCCUCCGUUAGCACUGCCAGCGUUGACGCUGCAGCCGCCUACGAUCUUGUGGCCAGUUAUACCUCGUCCAACUGGUUUGACAGCUUCGCUGUCCAGGCUCUCGGUACUAACGAUCCAACUGGUGGAUACGUCAACUACCUGUCUCAAGCCGAUGCUCAGUCUAGAGGCUUGUAUCAGAUCAGAGGAAACCAGGUCUACAUUGGUGUCGACAGCACUACAGUGCUGGACCCCAGUGGAUCGGGUCGACCCAGUGUAAGAAUACAGUCUAACACUGCUUUCACUCAUGGACUCUUCAUCCUUGACCUUGCCCACAUGCCAGGGAGCAUUUGCGGAAGCUGGCCAGCCUACUGGAUGUAUGGUCCGAACUGGCCAAACAGUGGCGAGAUUGACAUGAUCGAGGGAGUGAACAAUCAACAAGUGAAUCAGAUGACGUUGCACACAGCUGCUGGCUGUACCGUCACCGUCGGAGAGGGAGGCCAAUCCGGAACCUCCGGAAACACCAACUGCAAUGCCAACACCGCCUAUGACGGUUGCGGAGUCACCAGCAACACCGCCAACUCGUAUGGUACCGGCUUUAACAACGCCGGCGGCGGUGUCUACGCCACGUUCUGGAACCAAGGCAGCAUCCAGGUCUGGUACUUCCCGCGCAGUUCCAUCCCGUCCGACAUUUCGUCCGGCGGCACGCCCAACCCUUCGAACUGGGGCCAGCCGAUGACCCACUUCGCGGGCUGCUCCUUCGACAACUUCAUCCAGAACAACAACAUUGUCUUCGACGUAACCUUCUGUGGCCAGUGGGCCGGCAAUGUCUGGUCCUCCGGCACCUGCGCUUCUCAGACUGGCAACGGCAACUGCAUCAACUAUGUUGCCAACAACCCGGGAGUCUUUUCCGAGUCAUACUGGCUCAUCAACUCCCUCAAGGUCUACACUGUCCCGACUUGA